AUGCUCUCCAACGGCAGCUGCAACAAGAGCGGCAGCCUCAGCUCGCUGGACGCGCUGCCCAAACAGUUUGUGCUCUCCAUGAAGAAGCUGUUCGAUAUACUGGACGAUAAGCAUAGUGGAUAUGUGCGUUAUACGGAUAUUGAGAAGGGCUGGCAGGAUGAUGGCUCCAAGGGGCUGCCGCAGGGCGUGCUGGAUUCACUGCAUCGUGUGACGCCGCCCAGUGGACUUUUGUCGUUUGACCGUUUCUGUGCUGGGCUGAAGCUCUGCUUGUUGCGCAAUCAGCAGCAAACACAAAAUCUGAUGCCAGUGCGUCCACGUUCACAUCCCGAGCUGGAACCGGAUGUCGAGUAUGGGACGCCUACGCCACCACCUAAACCACCGCGCCAGUCGGCAACCGCCCCGCCGCUGGCCAAGGCGGACAUACGCAACGCGCUGCAGAACUGGCAGCUCAGUCUGAUGCACAGCGAGAGUCUCAAACAGAAGAGUUUGAAGACGGCACGCGAGCAAUUUGAGCAUCGCGGCUCAGCGGAUGGCGGUUCUUCCUCGACAUCGGCAACGGACUAUGCUCUAAGCGGCUUAACGCUGGCCUUGCCACUCAAGAAGGCUAACAACAAGCGGCGGGAGUCAAGGAGACACACAUUGCAGCAUGGUAUUGACUACAACAUGCUGAAGCGACUGAAGCAGCUGGAGGAGCAACGAGAACUUUUGCUGUUCGGACUGGAUGGAGUGGAAAAGGCGCGUGAUUUUUACAUGCAGCAGGUGCUCAACGUUCAGGAGCAGAUCAAGUAUUUUGGACGACUAGGCACACGAUUUGAACAAUGGUCGGAGCUGCAGCAGGAAAGAUUGAACUAUCAGCGAGCACGCGUUCUGGAAGCCAAUCGCAGUUUGGAUUUACUGACAGACACCUGGGAGCAUGGCGGCUAUCCGCUUCACAUUAAUCUCGCGCUGCCCCGCAAGUCCUUGCAGCACCUUAACUUCAAGUCCUAUGCAGCCAAUGACGCCGAGCUGCUGGUCUGUGAGAAGCAGGCGCUCAUCUCAGAGCUGUACGAGCAGCAGCAUCAGCAUCAGCAACAGCAUUCACAGUUUCACAAUUUGCGUGUCGCACGCACGCGAAAUAUGACAGACUUUGUACUUAGCCAGCCAUCGCCAGUGAGCCAAUCCUCCGCCGGACUUGGCGAUGCGGACGUCGUUUACUGA